AUGGACCGCCCUGCGUGCUUUAAAACGACCCAAGUUCGAUCGGGCACCUCAACACACAUGAACCAAAGCCGGAAAAAAGUCGGCACGUCCACUCCGGCAACCAUGGUGAGCUCACCACUCCAUCCCAACAAGCACCUCCUCAAACCCCUCUACCAGCUGCUUGUGAACAACUUCAUCGUCGUCGUCGGGGUGCCGAUCACAGCCAUCAGUGUUCUCCGCAAAGCCGCGCACCUCGGCCCCGACGAGCUACUCACCCGGCUCCAUGACUUGCGGCAGGUCCACAUUUUCCUGUCCGUCUUCCUUCCGUUCGCCUUGGUCAUCCUCUACAUCAUGCGCCGCCCUCGCAGCGUGUACCUCGUGGACUACGCUUGCUGCCGGCCGAAACCCAAUUGCCGCGUAUCCAUGGGCUCCUUCACCGAGAACGCUCGCAACAUGCCGUACCUCGACGAUGGCAGCUUCCGCUUCUUGACGCGCAUGCUCGAGCGCUCGGGCCUCGGCGACCAGACGUACCUUCACCCUUCCUUGCACAAUAUCCCCCCGCGAUGCAGCCUAAGCGACAGCCGCGACGAGGCGGAGCAGGUCAUCUUUGCAGCCAUCGACGACCUGCUCGCCAAGACGGGCAUAAGUCCCGGAGCGAUCGACAUCAUCGUCACCAACUGCACCGCCUUCAACCCGACGCCGAGCUUCACCGACAUGAUUAUAAACAAGUACAAGCUCCGAAGCGACAUCCGGGACGCCCACAUCUCCGGGAUGGGGUGCAGCGCGGGGGUGAUCUCCAUGGAGGUCGCGAGGAACUUCCUGCAGGCGGCUCCGCGUGGCGCGCACGCCCUGGUGGUGUCCACGGAGACCACGUCGCUCAUCAACUACACGGGGAAGAACCGCGCGAUGCUGCUGCCAGCCGUCCUGUUCCGCAUGGGCGCGGCCGCGGUGCUGCUAUCGACGUCCAAGUCUGCAUCCCGGUUCCGGCUCACGCACGUCGUGCGGACGCUCACCGCCGCGCAGGACAGAGCAUACCGGUGCGCGUACCAGGAGGAAGACGAGGAGGGACAGACGGGAAUAAACCUGUCCAAGGACCUCGUGGCUAUCGCCGGCGAGACGCUCAAGGCAAACAUCGUCGCGAUAGGGUCCCUGGUCCUCCCGCCAUCGGAGAAGCUGCUCUUUGCGCUGUCGUUCGUUGCGCGGAAGGUGCUCAACAGAAAAAUCAAACUAUAUGUCCCCGAUUUCCGCACGGCCUUCCAGCACUUCUGCAUCCAUUCUGGUGGCCGGGCAGUGAUCGACGCGGUACAAACUAGCUUAUGCUUAUCAGACGAGGACGUCGAGCCGUCGCGGAUGACGCUUCACCGGUUCGGGAACACGUCCAGCAGUUCAUUGUGGUACGAGCUUGCAUACAUCGAGGCCAAGAGGCGGACGCGCAAGGGCGACCGUGUGUGGAUGGUCGGGUUCGGCUCUGGGUUCAAGUGCAACAGCGCCGUGUGGGAAUGCAUCAGGGCGCCCGGCAACACCACUAUUGGCGCGCCAUGGGCUGAUUCCAUCCAUCAUUAUCCUGUAUAG